ACUGUCCUAUCAGCAGCUCCAGGCUGAGCUCAGUCUUGCAGUGCAGGAGAGGGAAGAGCUGAGACUGGAGCUCAGACGAACUCCAGAGCUCAUCGAGGCAGCGCUGAGCCAGAGCACACAGCCCUUGGAGGCCGAGUUGAGGCAGCUGCGCGCGGAGGCGGGUCAGAGGGCGCAGGCCGAGCGCAGGGCCGAGGCUGAGCUGCAGGAGGCGCAGUGCAGGCUGGAGGACCUGCAGGGGGCGCUGGAGAGCACCAGGGAGACCAGCGAGAGGCUGAGGCAGGAGCUGAGCAACCAGCGAGAGGAGAGCGAGAGAG